ACUACACAGAGGAGUUGUGCAUCCCGAACCCAGGACAGAGCCAGAGGCAAAGAUUCAGCUUUUGGGAACCAUCAUCCCGUCAGCCCUGGCGCUUUAAGCGUUCAAUAUCCAGACUCUCUGAGCCGUGGUGUAGGCUCACCCAAGCGUUCCAUCUUCCUGAUUUCCCAUGAACUCUUGGAUUCAUAACCCGCACCAGACCUGAGAACAUGGGGAUUGGAGUAAGGUAUGUCCAACGUGCUGAGGGUGCAGAGGUGAAUCAGAGGAUGCUCUGUUAGUGGGGGAGAUGGACAGGACUUCCCAGAGUUCCAAGAUACCUGGACCAAGCUCAUGCAGAGGUUCUGAUUGGAAGUUGCCGAUGCACUUGCACAUCGCCCUUCUCGUCAGAUGGUUCCCAUGACAAAGCCUGGCAAGAACAUUUUAGUGGAUAAACCAAAUGACCAAUCUUCAAGGUGGUCUUCAGAGAGCAACUAUCCUCCCCAGUACUUGAUUCUGAAGCUUGAAAGGCCUGCUAUAGUCCAGAAUAUCACAUUUGGAAAAUAUGAAAAAACUCAUGUCUGCAAUUUGAAGAAAUUUAAAGUCUUUGGUGGAAUGAAUGAAGAAAAUAUGACAGAACUAUUGUCCAGUGGCCUAAAGAAUGAUUAUAACAAAGAAACAUUCACCUUGAAGCAUAAAAUUGAUGAACAGAUGUUUCCUUGUCGAUUCAUUAAAAUAGUUCCACUCUUAUCUUGGGGACCCAGCUUUAACUUUAGCAUCUGGUAUGUUGAACUUAGUGGCAUUGAUGAUCCUGAUGUAGUACAACCAUGUCUCAACUGGUAUAGCAAGUACCGUGAACAGGAAGCCAUUCGCCUUUGCCUCAAACACUUCAGACAACACAACUAUACAGAGGCCUUCGAAUCUCUGCAAAAGAAAACCAAGAUUGCCCUGGAACAUCCCAUGUUAACAGACCUGCAUGAUAAAUUGGUGUUGAAGGGUGAUUUUGAUGCUUGUGAGGAAUUGAUUGAAAAAGCUGUAAAUGAUGGCUUGUUCAAUCAGUAUAUCAGUCAACAGGAAUAUAAGCCACGAUGGAGUCAAAUCAUUCCCAAAAGCACCAAAGGUGAUGGAGAAGAUAACCGACCAGGAAUGAGAGGGGGCCAUCAGAUGGUUAUUGAUGUUCAAACAGAGACUGUUUAUUUGUUUGGUGGCUGGGAUGGAACACAAGAUCUGGCUGACUUCUGGGCAUACAGCGUGAAGGAGAACCAGUGGACGUGUAUCUCUAGAGACACUGAGAAAGAGAGUGGUCCUAGUGCCAGAUCAUGUCAUAAAAUGUGCAUUGACAUUCAGCGAAGGCAAAUCUACACAUUGGGGCGUUAUUUGGAUUCCUCUGUGAGGAACAGCAAAUCUCUGAAAAGUGACUUCUAUCGUUAUGACAUUGACACAAACACAUGGAUGUUACUCAGUGAGGAUACUGCUGCUGAUGGAGGGCCGAAAUUGGUGUUUGAUCAUCAGAUGUGUAUGGACUCAGAAAAACAUAUGAUCUACACCUUUGGUGGUAGAAUUUUGACAUGUAAUGGCAGCGUGGAUGACAGCAGAGCCAGUGAACCACAAUUCAGUGGAUUAUUUGCUUUCAACUGUCAAUGUCAAACCUGGAAACUUCUUCGAGAGGACUCCUGUAAUGCUGGGCCUGAGGAUAUCCAGUCUCGGAUAGGACACUGCAUGCUAUUCCAUUCAAAAAAUCGUUGCUUAUAUGUAUUUGGUGGCCAGCGGUCGAAGACCUAUUUGAAUGAUUUCUUUAGUUAUGAUGUGGACUCUGAUCAUGUAGACAUAAUAUCAGAUGGCACCAAGAAAGACUCUGGAAUGGUUCCAAUGACAGGAUUCACACAGAGAGCAACCAUUGAUCCAGAACUGAAUGAAAUACAUGUCUUAUCUGGACUCAGCAAAGACAAGGAAAAGAGGGAAGAGAAUGUCAGAAAUUCAUUCUGGAUUUAUGACAUCGUGAGGAAUAGUUGGUCUUGCGUCUAUAAGAAUGAUCAAGCUGCAAAGGAUAAUCCAAGUAAAAGUCUUCAGGAGGAGGAGCCAUGUCCAAGGUUCGCCCAUCAGCUUGUAUAUGAUGAGUUACACAAGGUUCAUUAUUUAUUUGGUGGGAAUCCAGGAAAAUCUUGUUCCCCAAAGAUGAGAUUAGAUGACUUCUGGUCACUAAAGUUGUGUAGGCCUUCAAAAGAUUACUUACUGAGGCAUUGCAAGUACCUCAUAAGAAAACACAGGUUUGAAGAAAAGGCCCAAAUGGAUCCCCUUAGUGCUCUGAAAUAUUUACAAAAUGAUCUUUAUAUAACUGUGGAUCAUUCAGACCCAGAAGAAACAAAAGAGUUUCAGCUCCUAGCUUCAGCUCUGUUCAAAUCUGGUUCAGAUUUUACAGCUCUGGGCUUUUCAGAUGUGGAUCACACCUAUGCUCAAAGAACUCAGCUCUUUGACACCUUAGUGAACUUCUUUCCUGACAGCAUGACUCCUCCUAAAGGCAACCUGGUAGACCUCAUCACACUGUAACUGAAGAGGCCCUGGACGGUACUGGAGACCGGGAGUCUGCUUUCAGUAUUGUGGAUUUCAACUCUGUUGACCGACCGUUAGGCUGCAGUGAUUGAGGACUGCACCAGAGUUCUGAAGGGAUCUUUGUCACAAGUUUUAACCCUCUUCCUUCAUACCUGACCUCAACCCCAUUCUCCUCAUCCCAUUCCUAAAUUAGGCUAAUAAAGUGAAAUUGAUAUACUUUCCAUUUAAAUAUAUAUAUAUAUUUUUUCUUACUUUAACUUUUAAGAAUUAAUGAGUAUAAAAAAAUCAGGCAGGUUACCCUUUUCUGAUUUUUAUUUCGUUUUUUAAAAAUUGGGACGAGUAAGCACUAUUAGACUCAGCGCUACAAGAACUGGGAUUUUGUUGUUGUUGGGUUGCUUGGCCUUUCUUCUUUCUCCUCCCUUCCCAUUUCACUUUACCUUGCUUCACAUGACUGCUUGUAAGUGGUGUUACUUGUUUACCUCUUCACUUCGUUCUUAACAGUAUAUAGUUCUGUAGGACAGCUGAUGUAUGUUAAGGUGAUGUAUGUGUCUCUGUUGACUAGAGUCUUAGUACUUUAAACAUUGAACAAUAGGAGGAACAGAGGGCUCAAAUUUGCACUCCUUAUUGUAGAACUAAAAACUGAACCCCAAGGUUGAUCUAGGCACUUAUCUGAGAUUGGUAUGUAGUAUUUCUAUGAUGAUAUAUUUUAUAGUGGAAAUUACAGUAGCUUUGAGUCACAGAAACCUUAAACUGAGGAGAGUAUAGUUCAGAACCUUUAAGAGCCAUUCUAAAAAUUACCAGCAAGAGGAUUCUAAUAGUAAUUAAUAUGUUCACUUACAUCUUCAUAGCAGUUUUGGAAGAAAAUGUCUCUUUCCUCUGGUAGAGCUGUGCAGAACUAGGGCUUCCAUUUCUCCUUGUGCUAUCUCUGUGGUAUUUUCCUUUGGGAGGGUGAGUUUCCAGAGCUAUGCUUUUAUUUCCAUACACAUUGGCUCCCUGCAUCUGCCUCUGUGUACUGAUAUGUUUUAAUAAUAAUGGCAUUUCAUUAAGCACACACACUAGGCUUUUUUUUAAUGGAGAAAAAAAUAAUGGGGCAAAUAUUUUUUCAUUGAACUAAAAGAAAGGUAUGGCAGAUGGGCUUUUCCACUGUUCUGGUUCUUUUGGGGUGGGAGUGAGGUGGAGGUAUGUAUCUUCCCGUGAGGUACUGCGGAAUGCAAUGUAGGAAACUUGUGCCUGGCCAGUGCUCAAGUGUGCUGCGUGCAACUGAUAGCCACCAUGCUUAAAGCAGACUCAGUAUAAUAAAUGUCCAUCAGUCCAGUGGCUGUUAAAAGUGAAUGACUGCACAGAAUUGAGUAUAUCCCUGAGUAGCAAGAUCCGGCCUCACCAAAGAAAGAGAGAAAAGAUUGACCUGCACUUUCAGAAAGUCUAAUGUAUAGGAAUGAGACCUUGAGAUCCCUCUUCCCUCUGUCUUUAUUGCAUGGUUUCACUUCUUUUAGGGAUGGACAGAAAUAUAUUUUUCCUAGUUCUAGGCUUGAAUCUUAGGCUCCUUGGCUCUCCGAGCAUCCCAAAAGCAAUCAGUAGUGAUUUAUUAAACAGUUAGAUCUCCUUACCUUGUGAAAGGACUAGUAUAUAAUUCACUAAGUACCAAAUUGUGUAGCUACAGAAUAACCAGUUGACUUUACAAGUGAGCAGAUAGAAUUUGCUCAAGAGCAUAAACAGUCAAGAACAUAAAAUAUUACUAUCACUAAUAUUGUAGCCUAUUGAAUCUCAAUUUGUGGAAACAGGUACAAAUCAGAGUUGAUAGGGAGGAACUUGAACUUGACAAGAGUUUCUAAAUUUAAAAGCUCUAGUUUUGCUGACUCUGAAUUCUGGCACUUUAAAAACAUUAACCAAAUGAAAUUCUGCUGCCCUCUACCAUUUAUUUUUAUAAUACUUUCUUUAUCAUUUUUUUCAUUAGUUCCUUAGACUCCCUAUAUGGAGGAAACUCAGUUUCCAACCUCAGUGAUUUUGUUUUUCCCUAACUGACUCUGUACUAGUUGUUUUUUUAACAUAUGCUUGUUUUAAUUUCGUCUUUCCUCACUUUAUUUAGGUAAAACAUUUCCCCUUCAUUUCUGGGGUUUUUUUUCACUAACAUGUUUAAAUGGGGUUGAAUCAUAGUGAACCAUUUUGUGUUGCUUAAGUGAGAUAGACUGUACUGGGCAGGUUAUUCACUAGCUAAGUCAGAAUUUGUACCAUGGGCUUUAUUGGGGCACUGUUGAAUGAUUGCAGGAGAAUGUUAGGGCUUCAUUAUAUAUGACCACGAUUGGCACAUUGCUCUCAUUUCACAUCAGAACGCUGAUUUAAAACUUGUUUAUACAUUUAGUGAGGAGGAGGUACAUAUAUUUCCAAGAAUUCUAGCAGUAUAUUAUAAUUUAAAUAAUCUAACUUGGUAUUUAGGUACAUUGUUUAGGUAGCCAACUGUCUAUGCUUUACAACUUAAAAAUCUUUUCAUUCUAGUUUAGUGAGUUCCAGAUUGAAACAGCUGGCUGAUGCUUAGCUGCAUUAGUUAGUGAGGUACAACUUGCUCGGUUUCAUUAUCCCUACCUUGAUCUUCGUUCCCAUUUCUCAUUUCCCAGUGGAAUAUAUUAUUCCAGAAUAAAAAACUAGAAAUAGAUAUAAUAGAUAAUUUUAACUAGAAGUAAAUUAGAUCUCUAACAUUAUUUUCAGUGCUUAUACUUCAUGAGAAAUUAUCUAUUUCAAGACACUUCUAAAAUAUAUUUGCAUUUUGUGAAAUAACAGAGACCUCAUGUGGCCAGCUUGAUUAAUUCAAAUAUAUCAAUCUCUUAUCCAAGCAAAGGAAUUCAGACUUGGGUGCCUAACUGUGUGCUAAAGCUGACAGACAGUUUUAACCUUUAGCAAGAUCAUCCUUUUAUCCCUGGUUUCCGUUUAUUCUAAAACUGACCUGUCCAUGUCUAAUAAGUAAAAAUUGAUAGAAAACAUUAGAAAGUUAAUUCACUGGUUUAUCAUAGAAACGCUUGUUGGGUUUAGACCUCAGUGAUUAGUUUACGAUUGUAAAGCUACGUCCUUGGGUGAAAUAUUUAUGUUGAAUAUAAAUGGUUGCCAGCUUAUCCUUCCAGUGGAUCUCUUCACAUCUGCCUUAAAAGUGCUAUUUAGAGAUACAUUAAUAGAGUUUCAUAUAAUAAAACAGAGUUUUAAAAAUCUAACCUACAAACAAAACUAGUUUGAGGCACUUAAUCAUUUAGUGAGAGAUUGAGAUUGAUGCUUAAUGGAUCAGAAAGCACUUAGAAAGAAGUAUAUUCCUGAUUUUAUUAUCUGAAUUAUACUCAGUUUCAUGGUAAUUACAUGAAGAAGUUUCCCUAUAAUUAUUCUUAACACUAUAUGACAUUCAUUGGGUAACUGUGGGUCAUUUAUUUCCUGAGUGAAUGUUGAGUUAACUCUUCAACUGGUUGAAUGUUGCAAAGCAGUUGAGAAUUAUGGUUUGAGUGAUUUCUGUGGGAGGGGAUCAUUACAAUGGGUACUCUAAAUGAAGUCAUUGAGCUAUAAAAAAUAGACGCUUUGUAACCCCUCUUUUCUUAAAAAUCCCUGUUCAUCUGCAAUCUCAUCCUUUUGCAGAAGUUCUGGCUUGAAUUUUUGUUAAGUUUUUAAAUUCUUGAAAUAGUCCUUGAUCUGGGAUACGCAGGCUCUCUCAGAAAAAGUUGAUAGUUUUUGGAGGAGUUACAUAGAGGGUCUGCGUAUGACAGUGUUUAAAACAGAUUACAUCUUUGGGCUCUUUCACUCAAAGGUGUUUGUAUUCCUUCUUAGUCAAAUAGCAUUAUUCUUUUGUGAUUUUUGAUGGUGCUCUGUACUCCCCUCUGAUUAGUAAUAAUGCUGAAGUGACUUGGCUGUCCAAAACUGGUCUAGAGGUCCUACACUUGAAGGUGGAACUUUCUAAGUUUGCUGAAAUUAUUACUUAGGAGCCAACUAGAUCAGCUGAAUGAUGUUGCCAGUGUGCGUCUUGGGGAGGGGGGCUCAUUAUUGCAGUUUAUUGAUUUCUUUGCCAAGUGCUCUUUUUAUUUUUCUCAAAAAAUGCUAUCUUAGAGAUUUGAUUUAUACAUAGUUUUUUAACCCUAGUUUCCUCCUGUCCACCAUAUAUUGUGAAUUGUUUCCAUUAUUUUUCUUGCUAAUCUGACUUUAUUCUUGGCUUUUUUAGCCUGGACUUCCUAGGUUUUCUGUGGCGUUACUUACAGGUGUUGUACUGCUUGAGAAAAAAAGGUCAAAAUCAUUCUGAGGCAAACAUGCUCUUUUAUCCUUGUUUAUGACAACAGAAUAGUGAAAUUAAAAAUUGUACGUUAUUAAAGAAUUAAUAAUUUUCAGAUAUUGCUGUAGACAUACUUGAGUCAUUCUCAUUUGGGAGACAGUAAUAUGCCUAUGGCAGCUUUAGGGAAGGAGCCAGUGUUGGCUGCUUUUCUUGGCACUGGGUAGUCUAGUCAUAAAACUAUUGAUAAGGUACAAGUUUCAUAGCAGAGCUCAUGGAAUUCAGCAAAUUGCCAGAAUUUCCUUUUGCCUGUUGUACUUUCUUUUCUUCAUAUGUGUUAGCCUUUUUUUCCCCUACUCCCACCUUUGAGUAACAUUGAUUUUCUGCUGAAGUUGGAAUUUGUGUUAAGAAUUGCCUUUCAAUUUGUGGUAUAAUUUAGUAUUAGGAAUAGCUUUGAUUGCUAUGAAAUGAUUAGUAUUCAUUCAUUUUUUUCUUAAAUAAAAAUAAUGCAGCCUUAUAAAUGUCUCUUCCCCUGAGAAUGUGAAUUUAGCUCAAGUUCCAAAUGGCUAAAUCUUAUUCCCAGUCAUAGCCACUGAGAGUAGAUGCUGUGGCCUUUAACCUGAGGAGUCGUUAGAGGUUAGAGUAAAUCAGAUUUUCCAGGGGUGCAGACAGAGGGGCCCUUGUGGGAAACCAUAUCACUAUAUGUCUUAGUCUGUUAGGUAGAACUCGAAAGUUACUGAUCUUGAACCGAAUCCCAGUUCAAAACUUAAAAACACAAAAGUCAAAGGGUAGUUCUAGUUUUUCUUUCACAUUAGAGUCGUUAUUUGGAAAUAAGAUUUGCAAAUAUGCUAUCAUGUCCUCAAGCACUGCCUAGCUGGAUUGAAAACAGAAUGUUAUGUGGAUGUUAUCCAGGAGCAAUAGGGUCAGCAACAAAAAAGGGGGGGAUGUUUAGUAGAGAAGUAGACCAGUUGUAAGAUAUCACUUAUAAUUAUGAAAUUGUGUCUUCGUCUUUAUCUGCUGUUCAGUCUCAGUGAACUAUUAAACAUUUGUGUGCAGUGUCCUAUUUUGCCUGUCUGUGACAUUUCUACUUGGAAGUAUUGAACCUCAGAAAUAGAGCUAAAGAAGAGAAUGAGGAUAUGUUAGAAAAGGAAAAAUAGGAGCUUUUUUGCUCGUGGAUUUGAAGGUUCACAAAUCUAAAUAAAAAAGAAAGCUCUUCGUUUCUAACCCUAAAUUAAUUUUAUUAAUGCAGUGCUGCGAUGAAGACUUGCAAAAGGGAUCAAAGCUCCGUUAUUCUGAAUAGUCUUUGGAAAGCAGCAUUUCUUGGUUUGUUGCUUUUCUCACCUGCUCUCAAAUAGCCAUUAGAGAUCUUGAAACAGAAAAGCCGGCUUCAAGAAUAUGCCAUUUAUUAUAGAGUCUCAGUGUAAUGGGCUCUAGAUCUUAAAAUAGGUGAGCGGCUUCUUAUAUUCAGCCAUUUGCUUAAUAAGGGUCCAGAGGGAAAACCAGCCAUAAAUUUUUAACAUACAGUUCUGGGCCUCCCAUGGGACUUGCUUUCUUUUCGAGUUUAAGCUCUUGCAGCAACACAGCUCUGCACUGUGUGGGAUGCUAGCAUUCACAGCAGUGAGUUUGGAUGUCUGAGCUGUCUGCCACACGAAUACCAGCCUGAGGAGAUCAUCAUUCUUCAGUUUCAUUCAGUGCUUAAUGAAUGCCAAAUUAAUUGGCAAAAAGGAAAAACACUGUGUGAUAUAGUGAACAGGCUUAUGUGCAUGAUUAAGGAGUUGCUCAAUUAGCCAAUUUUGAGCUUUAUUUCUCUCCCUUGGUAACAAAUCUCAAGAAAGCCUUGGUUACAGUUUAGCUAGUGUCAUUUGGUUGGUGGUCAUUUUCUAGCCCUUUAAAAUAAGAAGAAAAUUGUCAUUUCAUGUUUAACUUAUAACCCAUAAAGAAUUGAACUGACAUCAAUUUAGUUUCUGUGUUUUAAAAUAAAUUAAUUAUACAUAAUCCUGAGGGUCUCUGUUUAUUCUGCUUUGCCAAGAAAUACAUGAAUUCUGGGCUUGGCAUUAGAAGUAUUUAAUAAUUUUUGUUUAUUUUCAGGUUUCCUCCACAUCUGUAAAGUAAUUAAGUAAAUUAGAGAAGGUAUCUAGAAUAAGUCCAAUUCCACUGCAGCUGGCAGAGCUUUAUAGAUUAAUUUUGCAACAAAGGAGAUCUUUUACCAUCAGGGCCAUGCCAUCAGAUGUUUGCAAGUUAAUUUUUUAGCAUGUUGCCUUGUAGUUGCCGUGUUUACCUUCUUGAGAUGAAAGGGGGGAAAACUGAGGACAGAUGCAUGGCAUUACGUUUUUUUAAUUGCUUCCUUAAGAAGUCCUAGGGUACUUCCACCCUUGUAAAGACUUAGCUUAAUUUUACAUAUACACAUCAGUUAUACUUAUAAAAGCACUGACUACAAAAUUAUAAAACGUACUAAAGUUAAUUGUCUACCCAACCCAAAAUCUGAUAGUAGAAUAUUAAAGUCCAAGUUUAAAUAUGAGUAGUCUUCUGUGAGAAAGAUAUGUUUUAAAAAGUUAUACAUUUGGUCUCCUUGAGAUUUUUUUCCUUUCCCAGAAAAAUGUUUUUGGUGACUGACUAGUUGUAAACUAUUUUCUCCCUCAAUUGUAAACUACCAAUUUAGAGAAAUAAGUGAACUUCUUCUCUUAAGCAUUACAUUUAGCCUGGCCAAGAGAUGCUGUGAUUGUGUUAUUCUUUAAGCCAGCCUGCUUUUUUGACUUGUGUAAAAUGUUUUGAAAUGAAUGUCAGAAAGUAUAAUAUUAAUUUUUCCCUUAUGUAUAGUCUUUGGCUCAAUUUAGAAAUUGCAGAAUUAAUGUGACAUUUUUCAAUGAGCAGAUUCUUUUAUGGAUAUAUGUGUUUUUCUUUUUAAAGAGAUUCCUUCCCUUGUCACCACUUCAAAAGCUAUGCACAGUUGAGUCUGCAGCCUCAGAAGAAGAGGACAGGAAAGCUAAGAUGAGGACUUCCUUUUCUUGUCUUGGUCUUGGUAACAAACAUUAUUCCUACUUUCCAAAAUAGCAUAUUUAUAGAUAUGCAGCUUGGGAAAGAUGUUGGAAUUUUUUUAAAUAAACUCUUUUACUUCUUUUAUAAAUUAAAAUUACUCAGUGGCCAGAAUUUAGGAUCCCUUCAGAUAGAGAUAAAUCCUCAAAAAGCAAAGAUGGACUGGAAAUUAGAUUGAUAAGAUACAGCUCCAUCCGUAGUCAAUAGAAUCUGUCCUUGCACAUCUGCUUAUUAAUGCUGUGGAUAGCUCCUUCUCUUUAUUAGAACGUCUCCUUUACCGGAACAUGGUGUUACAGCAACCAGUUCAUCUGAAAGUUGGAAAGUGUUAAAUAUCUUUUAUAGGACCUCUGAAUAAUAACAUUUAUUGAUUUUUGUGAUUAUAAAAAUAUAGUUGUCAUAGAAAUUACUGAAUGUAAAGAAGGAAAACCACUAUUAACUAACUGAUGAAACUUACUCAUUUCAUUUUUCCUGACUUCCUUCUGUUACCCAGCAUAGUAAAGGCCAGAAAAAGAAAAAAAAAAAAUUGACACAGCCAUUCUCAUUGUCUUUUACCACAUGUGUAGAGGACUGGGGUGCAUUUGUCCCUACCUGUACUUAUAGUCCUUUAACCAUUGCCCUUUUCUAGACAGACAGUCUGAAAAUAAUUCUGUGGAUAUAUAACUCUUAAGUCUGAAUUAUGGAAGUAAGAUAUUACCCAGAAGCUAUAGGGAGCUUCCUUGUUCAGGUCGUCAGCAAUUUCAUCUCUAAGAUUCAUUUGAAUUUUUAAGCCCCUUAUGCAUCUUUGUGGACACUUGGAGCAUAUUCAUACCAUGAAGAGCUUUCUGUUUAGAUGGACUUUUAAAUAUGACCAUAAUUAAACCCACACCCAAAAAGGAUGAGGUACUUUUCAAAGGCCAAAGGAAAAGCAGAGAAAAAGCAAAGCAAAAGAAAAACAAAUGAACAUAAAUGUAAAUGAGGAGUCCUUGAAACAAAAGUUCCUUAUUGUGCUUAAGCAAGUGUCUCUCCAAAAAUGUAUUUCUCUGCUCACCAGCUAAGAUUCAGAAGUUUUUUAUUUCAUAUGAGACUCCUUUUGUGUGUGAAGGAGAAAACUGCAACCUUUCAGGGUUCUGCUCUUUCCUUUACCCUCCUCUUCUGUGGCAACAUGGGGUUAGGACUGUAUCCCAAAGUAUCUAAAUCAGAACUGGAAAUCAUGAGGGAAGUCUGGAACCACCGAGCUCAUUGGAGCUAUUGAACAGAAGUGCUUUUUGGGCAUCAAAUCUUAAUGUCAUUACUGUUCUAUGUCAUUGUUGGGUUAUGUUGAGUGUGUUCUGCAAUCUUCCCUAUUCCCCUCAUGACCCUCUCUGGUUUCUUACUUUUGUCCAAUCUGUAUGAGCUUUUUAGGUGGUUUGUUUCUUUGUUUAGUACAAGUAAUUUUCUGAUCCCAGGUUUGGUGAAUGUGUUAACACUGCUUUGUGAAUAAAUAAAUGAGUGAUCUGCUGAGCAAUUGCAAUUGUAGAAUUAUGUUGUAUGUAAUGUAUAUAUGGAGAAAGAAUGUAUUUUGUUCAUUUUCUUAAUAAAAAGUUAUAUAUGGACACUA